AUGGGUGAACAAUCGUGCGGAAAAUCCUUCGAUGGCUCCGCAAUGCGUUACGUUGAUGGAGUAUGGAUGUCAUUAGGCCGACAAGAAGACAUUGUUAGGGAAUUUCAGUCAAAAUUUUCUCAAUUGAUUUCUGAGGAGGGUAAAGAUAACUUUAUUUCAAGGAUGUACAAAGGAAGACUAGAUAUCAUUCCUUGGUCAAUGUUUAAUGAUGCUGGAUGUUUUAAAACCUUAUCUAAUGUUAAUAAAGAUUUAGAAAACGCAAAAUAUGAAAAUGCGCGAACCUUCUUACAAAAUACAAAGUUGAUCAUGGCUAAAUUGAAGCUACAUAUAAAUUCGCGUCGCAACAUAAAAGGAUUACUAUCAUUCACUGUUUCUUAUGGUUUAGAACAAAAAUCUCCUGAUUUAACCUCUCAAAAGAGUACUUCAGAACUUACGUCCAAUAGAUUUUUUAGACAUAUCGUUGAGCUUCGCAUUGCACUCGUCACGAAUUGGUAUGGACAAAAUACUACCAAUUUUCCACAAAAUAACAGCGAUAUUGUUAACGGAAGGUUUGCAAUAGAGUAG